AUGUCGUUACCUAACACCCAACCAAGAAAAUUUGCUGAUUUUGUUGCAUCACGCACGAGGAUAGCUCAUUUCAAACAUUUAGACAAUAUUUGGUCGAGAAAAGCGACUAAACGCGUUUCAAAAGAACCAGUCGAUGAAAAACAAACAAUUGAUGAAAGAGCUGAAGAAUUUGUUGAACGAACACAAAAUUCAAUUCAUAAAUAUGAACUACAUGAAAUUUUAAACAGUGUUCAAGGUAGACUUGAGUUAGAAACGCUCGCAAGUAGAACAUUGUCAAAUUAA